AUGCCUGCCCACGUUGAAAAUAAUACCGCUAACACCAUACGUGUGAAACUAGUGAAGCAAGAAAAGGGCGGACUUGGAUUCCUGGUGAAACAGCGGACUAACAAACCAUUAGUCGUGGUCGCCGAUUUAGUGUCAGGUGGUAUCGCUGAAGAAAGCGGAUUGGUUCAAGUUGGUGAUGUAAUUUUACGCAUCAAUGAUAUAGAUUUGACUGAUAUGAGCUACGACAGUUGUGUGGAAAUUUUAAAAGCCGUGCCAAUAGAUGCGCCGGUCGUAUUGUUACUCAGAGGACCCGACGGAUACGUAACUCAUUUGGAGACCACGUUUCAGGAAAAUGGAAUGCCCAAAUCUGUGCGCGUUACAAAACCG